GAGACUCAACAUAUUCUUCAUUCCACAGCCGAGAGAGAGAGAGAGAAUAAGAAAACUAGCAGUAGACUCAAAUAUGGGUAGUAUUUGUAUUCCAGUAAUUGAUAUGACAGAAGAUUCUGUAGGACAAUCAGAGAAAAUAGUAGAAGCAUGCAGGGAGUGGGGAUGUUUUAGGAUCAUCAACCACGGCGUCCCACCGGAGUUGAUGGCGGAGAUGAAGGUGGCGACGCAGUCUCUGAUGGAGCUCCCGGUGGAGAUCAAACGGCGGCGUUAUCAUCCAGUGGAAAGCCAUGGGUAUGUAUCAGUUAACAAAGUCAGUCCAGUUUAUGAGAGCUUGUUGGCUUGUCAUGACUCCUGUGUCCCUGGUGCUCUUGAUAAUUUUUUGGAUCUCAUGGCUGUCUCUCCUCACCUAAGGAAAACAGUAGUGAAGUACUUUGAAGCAAUCAAUGAGCAAGCAUUGGACAUGGGGAGGAAGUUGGGGGAAGGGAUGGGGCUGAAAGGGGAUUUGUUCAAGGAUUGGAGUUCCCAAAUGAGGUUGAACAAAUACCAUUUCAACCCUGAAUUUGUAGGAUCAUGUGCUCUCUAUCUACACACAGAUCCUGGAUUUCUUACUAUUUUACAAGAUGAUGAAAUUGUUGGUGGACUUGAAGUUGUGCACGGAAAGACUGGUGAAUGUGUACAUGUUGAUCCCAUGCCUGACUCCCUACUUGUCAACCUUGGAGAUAUGGCUACGAUAUGGAGCAAUGGAAGACUUACAAGUGUGAAGCACAGAGUCCAAUGCUAUGAAGUAAAGACAAGGUUCUCAAUUGUUUUCUUUGUGUUUGGGCCAAAUGACAGAGCAACUGAACAACCACCAGAGCUGGUGGAUUCUCAACAUCCUCGUCUCUAUAAUCCUAUCAAUUUUGCAGAUUAUAGAUUGCUUCGACUCUCCAACAAUUUACGCACUGGGGCUUUUGAGCUCUUGCGCAUCAAUUCCUGAAUUACACAACUAAUCACAUAAAAUAAUCUUGGUCAUCUAUAUCAGAUGAUGAGUCUAUCGGAAAAGUUACAAUUUUAUUCAGUUAUUUCAGUCAUGUUUUAUAUGAUUGAUUAUGUAAUCGGUUUAUUAUCUGUACACUUAUGGUUCCCACUUAUUAAAGAAGCCUGUAUAUAUAUAUAUAUGGAAUAUGAGUGUCUUCACUCUUAAGUAGACUGGACUGUCUAGAACUCUAAAA